AUGAACAACGAAAGCGAAAGGAAAGUUGAGCAGGUGGACAUGAUCGGAACUGCAGUGGGGAAGUCCCCCCAAAUUGGGAAGACCAGGAAGAGCAUCCAGAAGAAGGGGUGUCCAAACAAAAACAACAAGGAACAUGCAAAGCACAAUAAAGGAGAGCUAAUAAUUAAAGAAGUAAAAAAUUGCAAAAAGAAUGACAGCAUUUUCGACUUUAUCGAUGGUAGUUAUAGGAAGUACUUUUUACUAAAACGGGGGAAUGAAUUAGAUGCAAAUAAACAAGUGGUGGGAAGUGAUCCACCAAGUGUGAUGACUGCGGAACCCCCUCCGUUUAUCUUCUUCGAGUCGGUUAACGCAUUCGAACUGAAGAAGCACCAAGAAGGCGAAACGAUUCUUUCAACCUUGUUUCAUAUAACUAAAGCGAAUAUGGAGCGUCUAUACAACGAGAGCAAUUUCCUAAAUCGUGGCUGGUCAGAUGAGAAGAAAUGGAAGGAGCUACGGAGUGACAAGUGUAAGCUGAUACUGGGGUUUCUACAAAAGCCAUUAACCAGUGAAGAAGUGACCACAUCGGAUGAGCAAAACGUGACUGAGUUACUCCUCACGGGAAAGGAACAUAAUUUGUCCUUUCUUGAAAAGUUAUGCACCAAAGGGAAGAAUGAAAAUACGAAGGAGGUAGAUGAUUACCUGAGCAAACACGCUUUAGUCUGUUUUGUGCACUACAGACUGACGGCAGAUUAUCCACCCAAUGAACAUACAACGAUUUGCUAUCUGUACGAAAUUCAAAUCGUGCCAGAGUUUACCAAACUGGGGAUCGGAAAGCACCUCAUCGAUAUGUUAGAUGCUCUAUGCAGAAGAAUCAAUGUCCACAAAAUUGUAUGCACCGUGUUGAAAAACAACGUCAAUGCGGUUUCCUUUUAUAAGACCAAGUGUUCCUUCCAAAUGGACGAGAGUUCGCCCGAUAAUUUCGCGUCGGACGAAUCGGAGGAGUGCGAGUACGAGAUUUUGAAGCGGAUCGUCUCCAGCUAA